AUGAACAUUCCUUUCAAUGUGAUGUCCGCCUCGGAUCCCAACUACAAAUGCUGUCGCAUGCUGUCUAGCAGCAACAAUCGAACCAAAGUGCCCACCCAUUGGCAUCGAGACUUGGAAGCACAGAUUGCAGGCAAAGCCUGCCUGAGGCAUCCUUUUGCAUCAGGUUGUGACCCCUCUCCUGUGCAUGUCGAUGUGGGCAUAUGUGGCACACCCUGCCACCCUUUCAGCACUCAACGAGCUGGACGUUUCGAGCCCGGUAGUGUCGAGGCACAUCAUGAAUGCGACAUCGCGCUCGGUCAGUUCAUUCGAUGGCUAGCUCGCUUCCAGCCGUCAGUACAGAUCUUUGAACAGGUCAUGGGAUUUACAAUGCCGUUCACGAAGGGAGGUUCUUACACACCGCUGCAGAGGUUGAAGGAGCUGCUGCAACAGCAGACUUUCCAGGGAGGCGGCUAUUGGCUUGUGACCAAGAACCUCGACAUGCGAAUCUGGCUAGCCAUUUCACGACCCAGGCGCAAACUGCUGCUCGUGUCGUUGAGCUUGCCAGGGCCUAGGAUCAAUGCUUAUGGGGCGUGGAUUCGGGCUUAG